UGCACGGCUGCACAGCUACUAUGUGCCAUAUCAGUUAUCGGGUUUUCAUCAUUAUUAAAGUCUCCGGUUCUGGAAACACGCGCUCUUGCGACUGAACUUGUCCCAAUCGGCACAGUUUUUUGCACCGAGACCCAGUCUGGAAGCUUUUCGCAAUACUCUACUUGCGCUCAUGAGACGGCUGAGCUGAGCAGCGCCUGACCUCGAGGGCCAAGGUCGCUUCUGCCCGGCGACACGGCCAGCCGAGCUGGCGAAGGGCCCCGCAAUUCAGCUAAGCGCAUGAGUCGGCUGAUGGAAGCCCGAGCCAUGGACGUUCCGUGGGCACUGUACAACAUGGCACGGCUGGGGCUGGAGCCGUGGGCUGGAGCUGGGGGCGUCAGUAAUCUACCCGGCGGACAGCGUGCAUGCCACGCAGCUGCACGACAAGCAGGUGUUCAACACCAUGUGCCCGCUGCUUGUCAAGAUCUGCGCAUUCAGCCGGGAUGGCGCACCUGCCGGCGAGUUCUCCGGGUUCCAAUACAGCACGUCCUCCAACACCAUCGUGGGUGCGGCCCACAUGGUCGGCUUCAGCGGCCUUCCGCGGGGAAGUGGGCCGCUUGCUGAGAUGUUCAAGGCGCGUUACGCUGAUGGGUUUGAGGAGGUCGUGGAGGUCCGGAACAGCGCAGCUGACCAACUGCCGGACAUUGCCAUCCUGUGCGGCUCGCGGCCUGCACCUCGCCCCAUGGUCGGGGCGCACUGCAACACCGGGGACACCGUGUACGCGCUCGGCUUCUCGCCCCACUUCACCACUCCCUCCUUCAGCAAGGGCAUCGUGUCGAACAGCAAGAUCGGCAGCAUCACCAUCACCGCGCACGCCGACAACGGCUACAGCGGCGGGCCUGUGGUGAACACCCGCGGUCAGCUGGUGGGUACUAUCAAGGGCGGCACCCUACACACGACGAUGCAGCAGGUCAAUGUGACCUCGGCGGAGCAGGUGCACGUGUUCCUGCUGCAGUCCAAGCAGCCCGGGCUGGGCUAGUCUCUCCCUUCCUGAGCUGGGCGGGGACUGACGUACUGCAUUUACGCAUGUGGACGGGACGGGCUAGUCGGGCUGACGAGCUGGAUGGGCGGCCAGCAGCAGCCAGCAGCAGCACGGGCAGUAAUGCUGGGUCAGCAGGAUGUGCAGCGGUCAUGUUGCACGGGUUGCCAUGGUGCCGUCAGUCUCAAGCGGCCGACGUUUGUGCUUUGAAUGAGCCGUACUAUUACAUGUGGGUCAUCUGUGGUAGUCCUGACGGUAGGUGGCCGACUCCCUGAGACAUGAGUAGUCCUGAGUUGGGCGAGUCCCGAGACCGAGUCCUAAGACCUGAGUGGGCUGAGUCUUGAGUCCUAUGUGGCUGAGUCCUCAGGGAUAAGUGGCUGAGUGGGCUGAGACAUGAGUGGCUGAGUGGGCUAAGCGGCCCUAUCGCUACGGAAACUUGCGGACAGUAUAUGUGGAGGGCGUGCUAGUAAGAGGGACCUGUGUGUAUGUGAAGUUGAGCGAGAGGAAAGGACCUCUUCCUUGGCUGUAUGGCUGCGGUGCGCAAUCGGGGGAUUUCCUCCUAUACUGCCCGCCGGUCACAGAACAUGUGUGCGUGUCAGCCCUGUCUUGGUGUGUGGCUUAUCACGCAUGAAACACGAGUGCCAACGCUGGAGGGGUAUCCGUAGGCUUUAAGGCUUGAAUUUUGCGACCUUGCUACUGCGCGGGUAAGCUUGUUUGUUGCUGAGGCCAAGGAAACCACGUUGUGGGCCCUGCAUAUGUGUUGCACCGCCACUGCGCCGUUGGGUAAAGCUGAGAGUCUCGGAAGCAUUGUACUUUACAGGGACAGUAAGUACAGUGGCCGUUGUUGUGGUGUACGGUAUGUCGGGUAGCUAUUGGAUUAGAGAGUCUUAGGGCUGAGGGAGAAGCGACCUGAAGCGACAAUCGAAAGGCUGCUUGGUACGCAUAUGACUCCGGUCUGUAAAGCUCUGCGCAC